AUGCGAUGUCUCGUCGUCAUAUUCGCAUAUUUGGUGGCGUCGUGCCUCGCCGUGUUCACGGCGCUCGACAAACUCUACAACGAGACGGAAGCGCGACAAAUGCUGAAAAUGGUGGCGGCGACGACGGCGCCGAAUAAACUCGAAUGCAUUCGGCAAGCUCAUCCGAAAUCGGAGAAGUACAAAAUUGUGGAGGAAUUCGACAUGCCGUGCGAUUUUCUUGGAAGCCCCUGCUCCGGAUAUAUUGCCGUCUCGAAGAAGCUUAAACAAAUGACGCUGGCCUUCCGAUCAUCGGAAACACCGGGUCAAUUAGCGCUCCAAAUGUGGUCACUGAUAACGCCGGACAUGAAAUUCGGUCAUUUGGGAAAGGUGAAUCGCUAUUUCAGUCGAUCUCACGACAUCAUCUGGCCGUCGAUUCAGAAGACGUUGAACAAGAAAAAAUUCAAGGAUUACGACGUCGUCAUCACCGGCCAUUCGCUUGGCGGCGCGCUCGCCUCGCUGGCCGCCGUCCGAUUGGUCGCCGAUGGGCAUCGGCGAAGUGAUCAAGUCAAACUUUUCACCUACGGCGAGCCGAGAGUGGGAAAUUUGGAAUUCUCACGCCGCUUCUCGCUUCUCGUUCCGUAUAGCUUCCGCAUUGUGCACGCCAUCGAUUUGAUAACCCGCCUACCAGUGUGCACCAGAGCCAAAAAUGCCAAUGGUCCGACAUCGGCGGGAUUACACGAUGGCCCUUGCGAUGGCGACGACCCGAGAGGCUCAUAUCAUCAUGGGCUCGAGAUAUGGUACCCGGGCGAUAUGAAGGAGGGAUCGAGCUUCACCGUAUGCGACGGCCUUCCAAUCAAUGAGGACUUUCAAUGCUCCAGUGGUGUGAAGCCCACAAUAACCAACGCCACUGAAAUGCUCUUCAAUCAUUUGUAUUAUUUUGAUGUGGACGUGUCGGCAUUUGGCUUCAGCAAUUGCAAUUCAACAAUCUCGUAUAAGGAGCCGAACAGAAGUCUAGGGAUCAUUGGGAUCUUCAAAGAGGUCUCGAGAUGGCUUAAAAGAGUUUUGCCAAUUUGA